CUUGACACCUGUAGCUGCCAGCAAUUGAAAGAUGCCACCGAAGAAGAAAGUCGAGGAGGAGGUCGUUGGACCAUGGAUGCUUGGAAGAUGGUCUCGGGCACUGAAAGUGGGCCUCGUUGGCAUGCCGAACGUUGGCAAGAGCACCCUCUACAACACUUUGAGUAAGUCGCAUCAUUCGAAGACUGCAAACGUGCCGUUCUGCACUAUUGACCCCACUGAGACCAGGGCGUUCUUGGAAGAUGAGCGCUUUGAUUGGCUAGUGGCACAACACAAGCCGAAAAGUGAAGUGAAGGCCUUUGUGACUGUAGUUGACAUUGCUGGGCUGAUCUCAGGCGCUCACAAAGGUGAAGGAUUGGGCAACGCUUUCCUUUCUCAUAUUCAAUCGGUGGACGGAAUUUGCCACGUCAUGAGAGCCUUCGAGGAUGACGACGUGAUUCACGCCGAAGACACAGUUGAUCCUGUUCGGGACAUCAAUACAAUUUGCUCUGAGCUGCGGCUAAAAGAUAUCAGCUACAUGAAGGGCAAGGUGGAAUUCCACAAGAAAGGCCACGCAGCUGCGAGGACAAAGUCGCCAGCCCACCUCAAGAAGUGGGAGGAGGAGCUUGAGUGCAUGGAGAAGAUCAUCGCCUGGCUAGAGGAGGGAAAGGAUGUGAAGAACGGUAUGGAGCAUUGGACCACCAAGGACAUCGAGUUCUUGAACGACUACGGCCUUUUGACCGCAAAACCCUGCAUGUAUGCUGUAAACAUGAACAAGCGUGACUUCUGCCGGAAAAAGAACAAAUUCUUGAAGCCCAUCUUCGAUUGGGUGCAGGCAAACUCCCCUGGAAGCACUAUCAUCCCAUAUUGUGGUGCUUUUGAAGAAGAACUGCAAGAUAUGGAAACCGAUGCCGAAAGAGAGAAGCAACUGCAGGAGGACGGUGUCACCAGCGCAAUGCCCAAGAUGAUCUCAACCGCCUUCCACAUGGUGCACUUGGUCAAUUUCUUUACUGCUGGCCCUGAUGAAGUGAAAGCCUGGACCGUUCGAAAGGGUUUCAAGGCUCCACAAGCAGCAGGAGUAAUCCACACUGAUUUUGAGAAAGGUUUUAUCAUGGCGGAGGUCAUGUCAUUCUCUGACUUGAAAGAAUUGGGCAGUGAGGCCAAUGUGAAGGCAGCCGGAAAGUAUCGUCAGGAAGGCAAAAACUAUGAGGUGCAAUCUGGAGAUGUGAUCUUCUUCAAGUUCAACCUCGGUAAGGGAAAAUAAGCGGCCCUAUGAGCGGCCCUACCAGCGGCCCUCCUGCGGAUAGCCCGGAGUUUGCCCUAGUUUUUUGAGCAUGAAGGCAGCGGUGCCGUAAGAAAACGCUCAAAGAUGACAAAGCCAUGUACAGUUUUGCGACAAAAAUGCCAUAAA